GUGAUUUUAAACUAAAUGAAACUAAACGAAUGGAACAGUUUUUUAAACACUGUUUUUUAGUAAUAUGUUUUACAAAUUACGAUAUGCGACCGUUGAGACGAGGGAAGCAUAUAACUGUAUAACGAAAUAUGUACAGAUGUACAUGUGUGACUGUUCGUAUCACUGUAAUAAAUCAACUACAUAUAUGCAAUCUAUUUACUUUUAGGGGGGGGGGGGUGUUGUUAUGUUAUGUAAAAGCAUACUGGCUUGAACACUUUGAGUACAAGUAGACCACCGUCCCUUGAAUUGAUACUCUCUGUUUUCAGGCCACUUUGUUUCUGUAUAGCUGUUGUGUUCACACAUUAUUUCAUACAGAUACAUGCAUAAAUCCCAUACAUAUAUUUCAUUGUAUUAAUGAAUCAUUUCGCAUAUUGUUGCCUGUAAUACGAAGCUGGACAUAAUGCGGGCUAUUAUUUCAUUCAUUAUUUGUUAUAAUCAUGAUAUUAUUUUUUUUUUAAUGUAUAUGCCCCCUGAGGGCCCUUGAUUGGCGAAUAAAUGAAUAAAUAUACAUAUAUGCAGCAGGGUCUGGUAUCUUUGCAUCAACAGCAAGAGUUGACCCCCCUCGCUAUCUCUCUCGCCUUUUAAUUUCGGUUGAAAAUUGAGAUUAUAGAUGGUGUAACUAUUUAUUAAAAACCCCGGUCUUGGAUGGUGAUUUAAUUAGGAUACGAUAAGUGUUCAAUGGGACCCCCCCCCUCCCCCCCGGGGGUGUUGUUAUGUUAUGUAAAAGCAUACUGGCUUGAACACUUUGAGUACAAGUAGACGACCAUCCCUUGAAUUGAUACUCUCUGUUUUCAGGCCACUUUGUUUCUGCAGGGUUGUCUCUAAGACCCGGGAGGCGGGGAAUUCCCCCGCCUAUAAUGCCUUAAUUACCCGGCUAUUUUUGCAUUUCAAACACAAUGUAGCUAUAAGCAAGACCCCCAGACCCCCUUCUACUUUUUCAUUUCCUCCUUCUUCUUCAAUUUUUAGAGAAAACCCUAUUUCUGUAUAGCUGUUGUGUUCACACAUUAUUUCACACAGAUACAUGCAUAAAUCCCAUACAUAUAUUUCAUUUUAUUAAUGAAUCAUUUCGCAUAUUGUUGCCUGUAAUACGAAGCUGGACAUAAUGUGGGCUAUUAUUUCAUUCAUUAUUUGUUAUAAUCAUGAUAUUAUUUUUUUUAAUGUAUAUGCCCCCUGAGGGCCCUUGAUUGGCGAAUAAAUAAAUAAAUAAAUAUACAUAUAUGCAGCAGGGUCUGGUAUCUUUGCAUCAACAGCAAGAGUUGACCCCCCUCACUAUCUCUCUCGCCUUUUAAUUUCGGUUGAAAAUUGAGAUUAUAGAUGGUGUAACUAAUUAUUAAAAACCCCGGUCUUGGAUGGUGAUUUAAUUAGGAUACGAUAAGUGUUCAAUGGGACCCCCCCCCCGUAGAUCAUUGAGGGUGCGGAUCAUUGACAGUGCAUUCAGCUGCAGUGCAGAUACAGUCUGAUACUCAGAUAGCGAGCCGGGUAAGCAAGGUAAGAAGACAUACUGAGAUCUAUACCAUAUACUACAAAUUAAUAGAGAACAUGUACAUGUAUAUGCGGCAGGCUCAACAAUGUGCAGAUUUCAACUCGAAUUUCCUUCGUUUGUACACGUUGUCUUUGGAGCUCGCUGCGCUUGCUAAUAUGUCAUAUCUUUUUUGGAUGAUUAAAAAGGAUCACCACUACCCCCUCCCUUUUUUUUAAUUUUGGAUGAGAUUGCGGAUGGAUGAUAAUUUCUUAAUUUCUGUAUUGUCUGACUGGUGUUUCACUAUCUAUAGAACCUUUAAACUUGAUUGUAAUAUUAUGUAAAUCGUGUGGUAGUUGGACAGAGCGCACAUUUAAAUGGUUUGAAACACAGACAGUAGGAUCUGUCUGCCUACUCAAACUCAAACCUAAGGUUGCAUGCUCAGUCUCGAUUAUGACCUCAUGUUUCAUGUUUCAUAUGUAGGCCUAAAACAUAACAGUAAUCGUUUCUUCGGAAAUAGCUGAAGAAAAGUAUGUAUGUAAUUCUGAGAUUUUUAAAAUUCUUCUUUUAAUGCUUAUGUAUUUCAUAAGUUGAUAAAUUUUCUAUUUAUACUUUAUUCAGACAUUUUAUUCAGUAUUUAAAAGAUCUGUUUCUUGAUGAAAUGUGUUUAUUUUUGCCAUCUAUUAAUUUGAUAAGACAUGCAUGUAAAUUUACGUAAAAAUAGUCUAUGAAACUCCUGAUGAAAGCACCGUUGAAACUAUCUGUUUUGCAUAGUCAAUUUUUUUCAAUUAAAUUACUUUCAUUUGAAAACUUGGAAAAGUUUUGAUAGAGAUAUAUAUAUAUAUCGAUAUAAAGCUACGUUCUUUAUUGGGGUUUAAUUAAUGGAUUAAAGAAUUAAAAGCAUAGGUGGUCAAUGCUAGUUCAAAUUCUCUCUCUCUCUCUCUCUCUGUUUUUUUUUUUUUGGGGGGGGGGGGGGGGUUGAAAGCAUUUGCUUUGCAACCAUCAAGCUUGAUACAGUGGUAGCCUUGAUUAUGUAGAAAAAAAUUAAUGGAAGUACAUAUAAUAUGAAGAGUUGACUACUGCUUGAAAUAGUCAUGCACACAUAAAGCAAUUGGAAUUUAUUUUGACUAAGGAACAUCUUGACAUUUUAUCACAGCUGUGAUGGCAAGACUGGGUGAGAAACUUAUUAAAGCCUUCCAUCAGCAAGAGUUUUGCGAUCUGGAAAUUUCAUUAUCAGAUGGAACUACCCUGAGGGCACACAGGACAGUUGUUAUACUCAGCAGUGAUUGGUUUAGAACAUGUUUGAGUGAAAAUUGGGACCCAAACCAAUCAAAAAAGGCAGUUAUUUGUCAUGAUUUUUUGCCUUCGCUAACAAGAUCUGUUAUUGAAUUUCUGUACACACAUGAGAUUGAUUUAUCAUUUGAAAAUGUUGAAGAUGUGAUACAGGCAUCACAGUUUUAUAUGAUUACAGAUUUGUCUGUAAAAUGUUUAGAUUUUCUACAACAGUCCAUAUGUGUUGAAAAAGCCGUGCUUGUUUUACUCAUUUCGCACAAAUUUGGUUUGAAAGAUGUUGUGUCAUCAUCAUUGUUAUACAUUGACAAAUAUGCAAGAGAUAUUCUGUCCAAUAGUCCUGCAAAUGAAAUGUUUUUCCAAUACCCUGUAGAUCUAGUUAAUUUGAUGCUUAAGCGAAACACAUUGUGUAUGCAUGAAGAGAAGCUAUUUUUGUUGAUAGUGAAGUGGAUGCAUUCAGAAUUUAGAAAUGUUUCAGACACUUGGGAAAAAAUUGUUCCAAAUAUCAGGUUUGGCAGAAUGUCCGCCUCUUUUUUCAUUGAAAAUGUUGUGUACCAAAAUAUUAUUAGUGAUGAUUAUGCAAUGAAAAUACUAUUAUAUUUAAAUUCAUUGAAUGUUUGUAAGGACACUGUUGGUCCAGCUUUUCAUUCUCGUAUGUGUGAGUCAGACAAGGACAUUAAGAUUGUUAGGUUUUUUUCAAGAAGUCCAAGAAAUACUUGGAAAUGUGAUGAACUAAAUGGGGAUAGACUUGUAGUUUCUGUAGAUAAAAAUAUGCAACUUCAUGGAAUAAUUUUGUAUGGCAACUACAAUGUCUCAGUCUUAGUUGAAAUAGCAUUAUCGUGUGAUGAAAAUAUUCUUCUGAAGGAAAAAGUACGUGAAGAGUUGACUGAGGAGUGUGAAUUUUCAUUUAUUUUUGCAAACAAUGUUACUUUAGAAAAAGAUAAGUUGUAUACUGUUGCUGUGCACAUGUCUGGAUGUGAUGUGUAUUUUGGCAUUGAUGGGUUAUCAAGUAUAAAAACAACCUUUGAGGUAAAAAAAACUGUGACAGUCACAUUUUCUGACAGUAUGUGUAGUCUUACAAACACAAGAAGAGGACAGAUUAAAGGAAUUAUUUUGCAUUAAUAAUUACAGAAAAUUUGUACAUUGAUAUAAUGUACUUCUUGUGUUAUAACACAUACAAAUCAAAUAAAAGAAUGCUCUUACUGUCAAUCUAUAUUUGUACUGUUUAGUUUUAUAAAAGGAAUCCAGAGCAAAAAUAGUUAAAACAUCGCUGCGUUUGAGCAGUUUUAAGGAAAACUUGCAUUUCUAUUGUUUGAUUAAGUGUAUGACACCUUGUGUUUGAUUAUUGGAUUAAAGAUUAAAAAGCAUUGGAGGUCAAUGCCAGUUCAAAUUACGGCACCAAAUGUAAUGGGAUGGGAGAAUUAAUGAUGGACCAGACCGAUUCGAACCCGGGCCCCCUGAAUUUUCUCUAGUCAGGUGCUCUACCAACUGAGCUAGCAGGCGCUGGUAUUCGAACCGGUCUGACCGUCUCAACAGAAUGGGUAUGGGUUUUUUUUAGGACAAAGUUAAGAUAUAUUUUUCUAUAAUUGGAAUGGUGAAAUGCUGUAUAACUGUAAUCGUAAAUACAAGAAAAUGAAGUUCUUAUAACCAUAUUUUAGAUGGAUUUAUAUACUUUGUAUAUGAAAGCUGCUUGGUCUGCUCUUUAGUUAUUUAUGGUUGAAAAAAAUUCUAGGUAACAUGGCCGGAUUAAAGAAAAGUCUGAAUAUUAUUAAUAAAUAGGUCAUGUACAUUUAAACCAAUCAGUUUCUUUAGAACCCUAUAUAUAAUAAGUUUACAAUAUCAAAGACCCUGGGACGACUGUGGGUUAUUAUUUAUAUCUGUUUAAUAUCUUAAUAGAAGCCUUUGUUUAUCAUUUUCAACAAUCUAAAUGCAAAAUGUAUCCUUUUAAAUUUUGACCUUGCAAGGAGGCAUAUGUGUUGUUUGUUUGAAUUUGAAUUACAACUCUUCUCCU